UGGGCGCAGACGGAGCGACUACGGGUCGGGGCUGGGCUCAGCGCGCUGCGAACAAAGGAGUCUGCGGCGGUUCCCGGCUCCGCGGAGGACCGAAGCUUCGCUGGACUCUUGAGGCUCCGCGGCUCCGGGUCGGCUUCGCCUCGGUUCCACCGCGGGCGCCGCGGCACCUGCCGCCGAGUGCUGCCCAGGGAGCCUGUCCCGUCCAGGGCUCAUGAUGGGGCUGAUCUUCGCUAAACUGUGGAGCCUUUUCUGUAACCAAGAGCACAAAGUCAUCAUUGUGGGACUGGAUAAUGCGGGGAAAACCACCAUUCUUUAUCAGUUCUUAAUGAAUGAAGUAGUUCAUACUUCUCCAACCAUAGGAAGCAAUGUUGAAGAAAUAGUUGUGAAGAACACUCAUUUUCUUAUGUGGGAUAUUGGUGGUCAAGAAUCUCUGCGGUCAUCCUGGAACACCUAUUACUCAAACACAGAGUUCAUCAUUCUUGUCGUGGAUAGCAUUGACAGGGAACGCCUGGCCAUUACAAAAGAAGAAUUAUACAGAAUGUUGGCUCAUGAGGAUUUAAGGAAAGCUGCAGUCCUUAUCUUUGCAAAUAAACAGGAUAUGAAAGGGUGCAUGACGGCAGCCGAAAUCUCCAAAUACCUCACCCUCAGUUCAAUCAAGGAUCACCCUUGGCACAUCCAGUCGUGCUGUGCACUCACAGGAGAAGGGUUGUGCCAAGGUCUAGAGUGGAUGACCUCCAGGAUUGGUGUGAGAUAAUAUUUUUGCUUGAAAAGGACUUCUCUAUUUAUUCGGUGACAUGAACAUUUUUCCUAAUACCUUUGGCUGCUGAGGCAGCAGCAUGAUUAAUUUAUGACAACACAAACCUCCAAGUGACGCUUGAAUCAAGUGCCACUGUACUGGAACAUAAAGAUGUUUUCUUACUUUUGUUUCACAUUACUAAUCUCAGUCAGACGAGCAUAACGUGUAACUAUGUUGUAGCAGCCGGACUCUUCUGACUGUGUAUUUUAACUAUUCAGUGACUGCCUUGUAAAAACUGUUUGUCAUAUAUUUCCUGCUAUCUGAAGUUUCGUUAUGUCCUUUAUAACCAGUUUCUUCCACCUCUUGGCCACCACCCCUCUUUCCGAGGCCCUGGUUUGACAGGACAGUAGUGGGAACUGGCAUGUAUUGUUUAUCCAGCACUAAGCAUUCUUUCCUCUACAAACCCUUUUUUGUCUUUUGGACAGAAUUAAUUACAAUGAAGAAAAUCUACCUAGAAGCUGUGUGUGUGUGUGUGUGUGUGUGUGUGUAGUGUGUGUAACCAUCAUGAAUACUUGCAUUUAAAUUUUCGUCACCUCACUGCAUGUGAUAGUACAAUUUUAAGUUACUCUUCGCAUGGGAAUUAUUUAGUCCGUUUAUUUAUAUAAGGAAUUAAGCUCACUUUCCUGCCAACCAUAUCUGGUUAAAAACUAAUCAAGGUGAAGCAUGAAUUUUAAAACCCAGCUUCAAUGAUAAACACUAUUGGCUCCAUCUAGUAGCUAAAGAUUUUUCAGUGUGUGUAACUAGCAGAAUUUGUAAAACACGCCAGUGUGAAUUAGAGCCAGGACCCUUGGAAUGUGUCUUCCUGUCAGCUUCCUAUCUGCUUUAUCAUCAGUGCAACCUCAGCAGUUUUGUCAGACACCACCCCUGCUCUGGCGGCAGGCUUAGCAGAGACAGCUCUUUUGCUUUCUUAGGUUUGCAGUAGUAGCUGCCAGAGCAUCGUUAUCACCAGCAGGAUAUUACCGAAAGGCAAAAUGACAUGGUCUGUCCGUAAACCUGGCUGAGGAUGAUGUGAAAGAGGCUUCAAACUCUUUUUGCCCCACCUCCUGUCUCUGUGUAGGUAGAAUGGUUCCUAAACUCUUAUAGGGUGCUCUGAAUCUGUCCCUAGCUUUAGAAUGUUCCUAUGAGACUCAGUGAUCAUGUUCUGGCUGGCUGGCUGGUUGGCUGGUUUUUUUGUUUGUCUUGUUUUGAUAGGAUUUCCCUCAGGAGUCCUUGCUCUGAAACUCACUAGGUAGACCAGACUCUCAUAUUCUUAGCAAUGUAGAUGGUUUAAUUGGUUACAGAAAUGGAAGGAAAGGGCCCAAUGCUGAAGUCAGACUUACUGGGCGGUGUUAACGGUUCCCAAAGCAGUUGUCUAAGAUGAAAGUAAGAAUGAACCCUUGAUUUGAAAGGGGGACACGUGUUGUCAUUAGCCUUAUCUGUGUCAUCUGGCUCAUCUGCCGUAUGAAAGGGAUAAAGUGUGUACUAAGGGGUAAUUCUUUUUUUUUUUUUUUUUUUUUUUCAGUAUUUUUCAUUUAGAUCAAAAUAAGCUUCAGUGUUCAUAAAUACCUGCUCAAAAUUGGUAUUUUAAUUUCAGGGUUUUUGUAUGUAAGAUGCCUUAAAUUUUACUAUCUUUUGGGGUGUACUCGUUUGUUAUAUUUAGUUAAUUUAGUUGAACUUGAUACUAUUUUUGUUUAGUGUUUGUACCCUUGAUCUGAGAAAGUAGUUAGAGGAAAAAUUUUCUGAACUUUUGGAAAUUGUUUAAACUUUAAAUCUUUUUCUUAGUGAUUCUAUGCCAAGUAGAGGAUAAGUUUAAUUUUUUUCUUGUGUGUUUUAAAUAUAACUCAUAAUCAAAGAUGAGAGAGAAAAGCAGAUAUAAAUCAGUGUGGAUGGUGCAUGAGGGAUGGGGAUGGGAACUGAGAAAAUACCAGUUACUUAAAGCACACUUUGCCUGAAUUUUACUUUGUUAUAUUAUUUACCAUAAAUAUUAAAUAAUAAUUCUUAUAAUCCUGUCCUCAGACAAAGAAUAUUUAAUGUCCCAAUAUUUCUUCUUAUGAAAUAAUUUUCUGCCUUCUUGAAUCUAGUAAGAUUGGCUGGUUCAAUUUUCUUCUAUCAGAUAAUAUGGUUAUUUUUUAUAUUACCACAUCAGCAUUAUAUUGAAAGUGUUUUUUAAUAGUUGAUUGUAUUUUGUCAAACAGCUACUAGUAUAGAUGCAGAUUUGCUAUUUAAUUGUUGAAAGUACAGUUUAUUUUACUUGUAAAUCCUUUUUAAAAGCAUAUGAUUCAUUUGGAUUAGAAGCAACUGCUGUUAGUUAUUUGGACAUGGAAUCAGCAUUCAAGUAGAUGUUGUGCUGUUGAUUGGCUAGGGCUCGUUAGGAAGUUCCUCUGAGACCUUUGCAGGGGCUUUUCAUCAGCGUUCCGUUUGUUCAGUGGGACUCUAGCUAUCCCUUACUCCAAGAGAAUGUUUGGACCCCAAUAUGCUAAAGCGUUUCACUUGAGCAUUUGCUAUAAAUCAAAUGCCUGUAAAAUAUUAUUUCACGAACUCGUAAACGUGCGAUGGGUGCCUUUGUUAUUUUGAGACUAGUUCUCAGUUUUUUACUCUGUUCUUUCAAGGUCACAUCGUGGAGGAGAGUGUGUUUCACAUUUUCCUUUGUCUCUAUAUGUUAUUUAGUAAAGUUUGUAUUAUACAGAACCCCCCCCAUACUUGCUCUAUACCUUCAGAUUAUCUUGUAUUGUUAAUUUAAAAAUGAAGAAAUUAAGUUUUACCUUAAAAUCUUCUCGACAUGUUACAGCUAAAAAACAAGACAAAACAAAAAAAAAAUUUGCAAAUCACAUGUGCCAUUUCCUUACCUGAGCAUGUUGUCACCUAGGAGCACAUUUGAGAUUCACUGUAGAUGUAACACUUGCUUUUGUAAGGGAAUGCACUAAAUGUUUUUAUUGUUAAUGUGAUUUAAUUUCUUAAAACCUGAAAUAUUAAUAUAUAUUACCUAUUGAAAAGUGGGGGGUGGAAUCUAUAAUGCUUGCUUUUAGGUUCUUGUGUUAACAUUCUUAAGGGGAUACUGCUUUUAUUCUGUAUCCACUCGAGAAACAGUAUAUACAUUUCACUCUUCAAAGGACUAGCUUUACAGAACUCCCAUUUUAAAGUGGGCACUGUCUGGAGACAGAGCUUCAAGUAGCCAAGGUGAGCAGCAGCACCAGUCCAUGAUGCUCCUGCUUCCCCACCCCACUGCUGGCAUUGCCAUCGGUAUUGUAAUUGAAUAUAAUUUAACUUCCAUUGUAGCACAAAGAGGAAACAGUUGGUUUUCCCUGUGGAAAGAAUGAGGGAUACAGAUAAUGCUGUAGACAAUAUUCCUUGACACUACCAAGCCUGGACACCAAGAAAUCUUUGAAGAACGUAAGA